CCGGUCGUCAAGAAAUUCAUCUGCAUUGGAAACCGAGUUGUGCGAGAUUGUGUGUUUAUUAGACAAGUGUGGUGGUGUAAUACGUGUUUAUAAAGUGUCCAAAUGAGUAUUUAUUAUUUAUGGCGCUUCGAAUAUUUCAACUCGGCAUUGUGUUUACAAUAGGAUUUCAUUUCGGCCCUUCGAAAGCACUUGAAGAAGCAUCUCGACCUCUGGUGGUGCCCGACAUUGACUUGUCGCUAAGUCUGCAGGACCCCCAGGAUGUGACGGUGCUGAAGGGCCACGGCGCCACGCUGCAAUGCCUUGCCGAAUCGACGGAAGAUGGUCCCGUCGAGUACGAGUGGCUGCGCAACGGCGAGCCGAUUGCUGAGCAGAAAACUUCGACGGACGGCUCUCUACACUUUUCGAAAGUUAUAAGCGGCAAGAAAGCCAACGCCAACACCGGAGAGUACCAGUGUUUGGCCAAAAACAGGGCGGGGGCUAUUUUAUCCAAUGGAGCCAAACUAAGAGUUGCUUCUAUCGAUAAAGAUUUUAUAACCAAACCAAGUAGUGUAAACGUAACAUUAAAGGAUCCAGUAAUUCUUCACUGUAAAAUACACUCCACUCCCGCUGCGGAUAUCCACUGGGAAUUCAAUAAUCUGCCUCUACCUCAAAGCACAAGAUAUGUUCCUCUUCCUUUGGGAGGUUUACUUAUUACAAAAACGGACUAUUCUGAUUCAGGGUCAUAUAGAUGUGUAGCUACAAAUCCUAUGAUUAAAAAGACUAAACAUAGUAACCUGGCAGAAUUAACUGUUGUACCACCCAAAGAAUCACCGACUGCACCAGUUUUAAUGCCCAUGAAAACAUCACCUAAUGCUACUGUUUUACUGGGCAAUGCUUUAACUUUAUACUGUGCCAUUACUGGUUGGCCCACACCGAUUUUUCAAUGGAAAAAAGGCAAUGAUACGGUUAUAAGUAACUCUAGCUACCUUACAAUAGAUAGAGCUGAGCUCCAUCAUGCAGGAAACUAUUCUUGUACAGGUUCAAAUUUAGAAGGAAAAAUUAGUCGGAUAUAUUCCUUAGUGGUUUACCAAAAACCAUAUUUCAGGAUAACACCUACUUCCAAAUCUUAUCCUUCAGCCAUCACUGUUCGCCUAGUUUGUAAUGCUAGUGGCAUUCCACAACCAAGGAUUUAUUGGUUAAAAAAUGGAAAACAGCUUGCCAUUGAAACUAGAAUGAGAGUUUUGCCCAGUGAGCUGAUUUUUAGCCAAACAUUUACCUAUGAUUCUGGUAUAUACCAAUGUGUGGCCGUAAAUUCAGUUGGUAAAGUCUGGACGGCCGUUGAAAUCCUAAUUAACGUAUCCGAUAAGAAACCAAAUCCACCUCAAAAUGUUAAAUGUAAACCUUACAACGAAACAAGCGUUUGUUUGACUUGGCAACUACCAAAAAACGUCGAUGCGCAGGCCUAUACUAUUGAUAACGUUAAUGCGGGUUUAGAUCACCCUGGACCUUCUCUAACUAAUGAGACUUUUAAACUAUGGCGAGGACUGAAUUUAAGUACAACCUACCAGUUUUAUGUAAGGCUUUACUCCAAAGUGGCAAGUGAUCCCUCUGAGAUUGUGUCCUGUGAAACAGCAAAAGUUGCUAAAAGAAUAAUCCAAAACAAGAUAUUGAACACCACCACCGUAAAAUUUCAAUGGGAAGAAUUAAUCUCAGACACACCUUGUGGCGGCAAAAGGGGCUACUACAAAUUACAGUGGAGAAGAGCCAGUUCCCCUGUAUCUAACACAUAUAAAACAACAGAAACGCAAUAUGUUAUUACAGAUUUAAUUCCUGGCGCCCACUACGAGUACAAAGUGACUUCGCCAAAUUACGUCGGAGAGAAGGGCCAAUGGGUGUCAAUAGUAUUGCCAAAUCCUGGGGGUGAACCGGUGGCACCGGAAAUAUUUACGGAUAGUGCCAAGCGCAUGACUGCCAAACCGGAUCAUUUUGGCGGAGCUCCUUUAAAUUCUAGUUCAGUCAAACUUAGCUGGUCUGAUAUGAAGGAUGCCGUGAAGUACUACACUAUUUGCUAUGUGCCUGUUAAAGAUCAAAAAGAUUGUAAAGAGGGGAAGUUGGUGAGGAGCUUUUCCAAUAAUGUUGUUAUUAAUAAAUUAAAACCAAACACUUUGUAUGAGUUUAAAAUAAGGACACAUAAUUUUGAAAACGAACCUAGCAUGUUUUCUCAAGCUAUUGAAGUUCAAAUGCCUCCAGGUGUUCCUUCUCCUGUGGUUAACCUAAGACACCAAGUAAUUAACGAUUCCACAGCAUGCAUAUACUGGCAAGCACCAAUACACAAAAACGGAAAACUUCAAAAAUAUUUUAUAUCUUACACGCCGGAUCGCGACUGGCCCUUGGAGCAAUGGUACAACAUAUCUAUACCGUCAUACCAAAGAAAACCGGCGUCGUGUUGGCAUGACAACAACGAGACCGCGUCCUUUUACCUGAAGAACCUGAGCCCCAAAAAACACUACACUGUUUUAGUGAGGGCAGCGUCGGAUAUGGGUAUAGGCAACCCAACGUUACCUAUCGUAGUUACCACUAGUAACGUUGAAUUGAAAAUGCCAGAUAAACAGAAUGAAGUCAGACAACAUCAAACAAUAGGCGUUUUAGUUGGCAUUGUUCUGGGACUAAUAGGCAUAAUCUGCUGUGUGCUCUUGGUGCUUUUGCGUUGGAGUUGCGUAAAGAGGUCCGCCAUGUCUAGGGAUCGCGCGUCUGCUUCAAACAAUUAUUACCCCGCGGUGGCGCUGUACGCUACCCAGAGCAGUUCGGUGCAGGUUAGGCUCGAAGAUCCCUGCCUGGCUGACGCGCACGAAGUCGUCCAGCUGGUUGGCGAGGAACAUCCGGCCAAUAUACCUUCAGUCGGAUCGACAGAAUUAGAUACUAAGGGAGGGGAAGAGUAUCCAAAUGGACAAGCCAAUGGUUGUGUUAAACCAUAUAUGAAUGGCCAUACAGAUGGAUAUUGCCACAUAACUGAAAAUCCUCAAUACUAUGCAUGCAACUUGCUUCACAACAAAUGCAGGGAAAAAGAUGGCGCAGCAUCGUCCGAUUACGAGGAAGACUCGAACUCGAACGUGCCGACGUCGAAGUUUUACGAUCUUUACCGACUAUUCGAGAACUCGAAAAAGUCUGCUAAAGUGACGUCUACCGACGAGUGCAGCCCUCAUUUUGAGCAUUCGAUUUCCAAUCGUUGCGCCGGCGCCAGUCUUUCGAACAACGAACUCGACUCGACGCUCGAAAGCGAAAAUCCUGCAACGUCGUUAAACUCGACGCAGCUUACUUGUUUAGACGACUCUAUUGUGAAUACCCAUCGGCGAAUAUCGCCGAUUCUCGGUCCGAACGGUUGACCCGAUCGGCAGCCAGUUUUAAUUAAUACACAAGUAAGUUAAUUGUGUUUGACCAAAUGUAACAGGAUUUUUUUACCACGACUUAAAGAGCAACGGGGUACUAAACAUGACACAAACAAGUUGAAACUUUGUUGCUCUCAUUCCCAUACUGCCUAAAUCGUUUUCAAAUGCUGAAGCUUUACAUCAUACAGAUAUUUUUAUAGAACUGAUUUUUUUUUAACAGGGUGCCUUUAAUGACACACCUAUGCUAAACUGUUCAAAGGUAUAGUUUUAAAAUAUUACCUGACAAAAUGGCAAGUUUCCAGUAUUCACUAAACUCAUACUAAUAAUUAUGCGUCAUUUUUGGACACCAUGUAUAUUAUUUUUUGAAAUAAAACACUAUCCCUUUGAUUAAAUUAUUGGGUAACAGCAAAAAUUGAUCGCUUAAAAAAUACUCUAAAGAUUCUAAUUCCAAUUUGUGUUGCAGGAUUAUUACCUGUCAAGUAGUAGCUUUAAACUACAACCAAAUUAAGUUUAAACAUUUUUCUAUUAGAAAAUACAUUUGUGCCCCAUUUAUACCUGUGCAAAAUACCUGGCACAAAACUCUCAUUCAAUAA